AUCGUUGUCUGGGCAACGGGAGAUAUAUAAUGUGCAUUAGUUCAUACUCGGCUACCUAACGUUACGUACUUGCGGAUUGUAGCGCGUUGCGGCGUGACAAGAGUUUGCGUGAGCUUGGAGCACUCGUCAUUUUCGGAAAAGUGCGCGGUACUCGAAAUUGUGACGUCAUGAGCGAGAACGUGAAAUUUAUCGUGACGGAAGUAAACAAAUUAUUGGGACGUAAUUAUAACUUAAUUGGAUUCAACGCCUUGAGCGCCGAAGAUUUAUUGCUAGUACUAUGCAGUGUCUUGAUGAAGAUACAGCAGCGCGAUGAAUCAGACGUCGAUGUUAGAAUAGAGUCUCCGGAAGAAAGUUCUAUAUACAUCUUAACAGCCUUGCGAAUACUUAAUUACCAACCCAAUGUAGAUCCUGUGACGUUUAGGCAGGGUCUAGCCCGAGGCGAGGUUGACAUCAUUCAUCCUAUACUGAUGUGGCUUUUGACGCAUAUCGACGUUGUUCAGAAGAGAGCAUAUCUGUCGCGCUUUCUCGUCAAAAUAGAGAUUCCGCCAGAAUAUUUAGGGGACUCGGAGAUAUCCCUCUUACACGAACAAUAUUUGGCCUUGGUUGACAAAUUCAAAGCAGUUCAUAAGGAAAGAGAGAUAGGAAAAAAGAAUGUCGAAACGGCCGCCGAGCUCGCAACGGAUUUACAAGCGAUGGGAAAAGAGAAAGAAGCGGUGACGGCGCGUAUCGCUAAGAUCAAGUCUAAGGCUGAGCCUGCGCUGCAUCUGUUGGAUUCUUGUAAGAUGUUGCGGACAGAGAGAGACAAGGAACGUGACUUGAUGUCGCAGAAGGAGCAAGAGGAGGACACUAUGUCUGACUUACAGAAUUCUCUUCAACGGGUGGAACGCGAGUUGCAAAUUUUGAAGCGCGACGGUGUCGGACUCACGCCGCAUAUAUUGAUUCAACAUUUGCUGGAAGAGGUGACGGUGCAAACUGCGAUUGUAAAGGAGAAGCUUCCAUCUGAAUUAAACGCGAAGAAGAAUCGAAUGAGAGCUUUGUCGAUAGUCAAGGGAUACCCCUACCUGGGCUCGGACAAGAUCAUAGGCAUGAGAAACGAAUUGGAUGCCAUACUGAAGGACAUCCAGGAUUUGGUGGAGUCCAAAAUAUCUAAAAACGAUAUCGACAAAAUGGAACCGUUUAGGCAACAAGCGGCCGCUGUCGGGAACAUGAAGCGAAACGCUCUUGAACGUUUGGAGAAGGUCGAGAGUUCUCUGGAGGAAUUGCAGCUUCGAUUGAAAGAGAAGCAAGAUCACUCGAGAGCUCUGUUAGAGACGUCGGCACCUCGAGCAGAGGAGCUGAAGAAGUAUGUUAAUCGCUUGAAGACCAAGAGUACGCUGUACAAGCGCUGCAAGGCAGAGAUUGCUGGCUUGAAAGCGGAAAGUGGUGUGCUACAUCGAACAGUGGCUAUUUUAGAAGGCCAGAUAGCUCAGUCUUAUCAGGCGGAUAUUGUAUCAAAAAUAGUCAUUCCGGAAAACUACAUGUCGGACAAUGCCUUAACGACAAACAUUCAAUUGUCUCAUUCAAUACUGGCUCUCCGUACCAAUCUGACUCCCAUCAUAAAAGAUAUCAAAGCGCUACGGCAGAUAGCGCGUGAUGUUGACGAGAGAUAUCAAAAGGCGUCCAAGAGUCACAACACGGUGGAAACGACUAUGAAAAAUACAACGAGUGAUUUGCUAUCCGAAACGAAGCGACUGAAGGAUAAAUUAUUAAAGAAUACUGAAGAUAAACAGCAACUUGAAGAAAACAUCGCGAAAAUGAAAAUUAUUGAAGAGAAACUACAUAGCGAAGCAGAAACUAACAAUGGUGAUCUCGAUAAUGUAGGACAAACGUUAAAACAAGAAUUGCGUAAAAAAAUCAUAUCAGCAGAAGAGGAAUUAAAAAAUUUGAACAAAGAACGAGAGAAAAUAAAAGAACACACUAUGCAGUCUGAAAAUCAGACACAACAAUGGAAUAAUAUUAUAUCGAUCUUCUCAUGUAAGAUUCAAUGUGCUGAAAUGAGUAAGCAGACCGACGGCAUAGUUGUACGAAGAGGAGGAGCUGAAACCCUUGUGUUGCAAUAAUGUUAAUAUUAAUUGCGUAGGUAUUUUUAGUAGAAUAUACAAACGCUAGAUGUAGAAAAUAUUUUAAAUAUGCA